AUGGUAAUUAUAAUAUUACCAAUAACACCGAUAUUCCUGGAUAUCAUAAUGCCUCUUAACGAAUCACGUCCACGAUUUUUCGCGAUGGAAGUUGAAUUCAGGGUGAAUAAAGAUGAAUAUUUUCUACCAAUUUUUUGUUAUACUAAUCUUGUAAUUGUGGUGGGUAUGUUCAUUGCGUUAGGCUUGGAUACAAUGCAUAUAACAUGCACUGCUCAUGCAUGUGGUUUAUUUGCAGCUAUCAGUAAGCAAAUCGAAAAUGUACUGUUAAAAGUGGAUGACAAUAAUAACAUCAAAAAAAGUAAACAUGUAAAUAAGAAACUUGAGUUGUUGAACGAAGAAAUAACAUACCGGAAAUAUAUAAUAUGUUUAAAAAAACAUCAGCUUGCUAUAGAAUUUGUGGAAAUAUUAAAUUCAUCAUAUCAAGAAUGUGCAUUAGCUAUAUUGAUAGUACUUCUUGGAAUUUUGAGUCUGGUUGGAAUUCGUAUUAUUUAUGUAUUACAUGAAUUGGGAACAUUGAUAAAAUUUGUGUUUAUAUUCAUAACAACAUUAUGUGUUUUGCUAGUCCCAUGUUACUCCGGUCAAAGAAUAAUGGAUGAAAGUCAGAAUAUAUUCUAUAGAGCGUAUGCAACAGAAUGGUACAAGUUCUCACAUAGGCUAAAAUCAUUACUACUAAUAACUCUUUACAGAAGUAAUAAACCAUGCGGAUUAAAAGCAGGCAACAUGAUUCCGUUAUCCAUCGCGACUUACGCAACGGUCGUACGAAUGUCUAUGUCUUACUACACAGCAUUAUUAUCAAUGCAAGACUGAUUACUGAGUGUUCAAUUAGUUUUU